AUGUUUUCGACAUUUACAGUCGUUGGGGACUUGUCACCAAAGCUUACAGCCAGAUUUGCGCCUCUGGGGGCUGUAGGGGUGGUCUGCGACGGCCCAGAGAUCCCACUCUGGGUGGGUCCAGGCUGUGGGAGUACACCCGGCAGUACCUGGAACCCGGCAACCUCAGGCCGCCCUUUCUCGAAUCCUGCGCAGGGUAGACGGGGUGAGGGGCUGGGAGCAGGGGCGAGGGGGCGGGGGCGCUCCGCCCAGUCAGUGCCCAAGGGGCAAACCGGAGAGAAAGAGGCCACAGAACUGAGUCACCUGCAGAAGGCCCACCCGCCCCUGCUCCUGCUGGGCACCCUGCUGGGCCCCCUGCUGGGGCGAGUCACGGAAGCUGCGGUGCCCGAGAAGCGCCCCGGCGCAGGCCGCGCACUGACGCGCAGACCCAGUGUCCGCAGACCCGUGUGCCGCGGGUCUCGCGCUACUUGCUUGGGACUCUGCGCAGGAGCAGCUAGGGAGCACCGGUACGUACCGUCCUGCUCCCACCCGGGCUCUCCUCCGCUCCGAUCCCCGGGCCUUCACUCCCCCAGACACCGGAAAGCACAGGCAGCAUGGAGGCCGAGAAACGGGAAGCCUGGAAGCGACGUGGUGCAGGCGAUUAUAGGGCGUAGCGCUUCCCUGCCCACUCCCACUCCGGUAGCCUGGGCUUGCACUGGACGUGUCUCAACUUACGGAAAGAAUACAGUUGCCCUCUGCGGUCCAGAGACCCCACUCACCGAACCCCCAGGAGUGCCUUUUGAGUUGAAAACCAGCGAGACCGUUUACCGCUGCUUCCUGUUAGUGUUUUCCUGUUCUACAACCACUCGAGAGCUCUGCGAACCCUCCGUAUUGGAUGUUUUGAAGAAGUACGGAGUGUUGUUUUAUGAUCACUCCUAGUGUUUAUUACCAGUGUGUGAAAAUAGUGAACAACUUCCCUCUGCCACACACUCUACCAUGAUGUUCAGCCUCACCUCAAGCCCCAAGGA